AUGAAGGCCAAGAAGCGGUUGGAAUCAGUUCGAAGGAGAGCUGAUAAUCUUCCAGAUGAUUUGACUGAGAAGGAAGCCUGGGGCAAAAUCAAGGCAAUGUACAAGAAAGCAGGUCUCUUGAAGAAGAAGCGUCGGCCAAUUUCGUUGGUGGUGAACACGAAGUCAGGAUCUAAGGCAACUAAACAGCAACCGGGCAAGGGGGCAAAAGUCAAAUUGGUAGACAAACGAAUGAAAUCGGAUUUGAGGGGUCAAGCCAGAGCUGCAGCACGGAAACGUGGUCGAGGUCGUGGUGGAAGACGUUGA